CCUCUAUCUUAUUUUCCCUUUAUUAAUAUAUAUAAAUAACGCAUUCCAACUUAUUAUAAAACAACUCAAAUCAAACACAAAUUAUCAUAUUUCUCAUAUAUUCUUUGCAUGAAAAGAUGAAGAACACCAAUACCAAUACGAAUAACACAAAACUAAUUCUUCUCCACCCUUACAUUCUUAAACAAGGGAGUUCAAAUAGGCUAUGGUUUUUAGCCUUUAUAUCUAUAUUCACCCUUAUUUUCCUCCUCACUCUCAUUUGUACUCGUGAUUCGUUUUCGUCGUUGUCGUCUUCCUCCUCCUCCACGGCUUCCACCGUUGCAUCCACCGUGAUGGUUGGUGGAUCUCACACUACCGCCGGCUACCCUCUCCCUAAGAAUGUAAUGAACACACUUUUACAUUACUCAUCAAAUGCGAAUACUACCGAAAAGAUGGAGUUGGUGGAUACAAAGUCCAUAUCGGAUGUAUUAAGACGGUGUCCUUCUCCUUGUAAUUUUCUUGUAUUUGGGCUUACUCAUGAAUCUUUGCUUUGGAGGGCUCUUAACAACCAUGGCAGAACUGUUUUCAUUGACGAGAAUAGGUAUUAUGCUACAUACAUGGAAGAAAAACACCCUGAAAUUGAAACCUACGACGUACAAUACACAACAAAAUUAAGCGAAUAUAAACAAUUGAUAUCCUCAGUAAAAGAGCAAUCUCACAAUGAGUGUAAACCCGUACAAAACUUACUCUUCUCCGAAUGCAAAUUAGGCAUAAAUGACUUGCCAAACCAAUUCUACGAUGUUGAUUGGGAUGUAAUCCUCGUCGAUGGUCCUCGGGGCCACUGGCAAGAGGCCCCGGGGAGAAUGUCGACGAUCUUUACCGCUGGCGUGUUAGCAAGGAGCAAAAAAGCCUCCGCACGGAGUGGGAAGACACAUGUUUUUGUGCAUGAUUAUAACUUGGACCCUCAAAGAAUUUCAAGUGAAGAAUUUUUGUGCAAGGAAAAUUUAGUUGAAAAUAAUGGUAUGCUUGCUCAUUUUGUGUUGGAGAGGAUGGAUGAGCAUUGUUUGGAAUUUUGCCAUUCUAAGAAAACAUCUUCCUAGCUUCCACAAGGCUCAUGAAUUGGAAAGAUAGUUAUUUUAAAAAAAAAAAACAAUUUAUUAACAAAAAUUUGGUUUGUACAUCUAUGAAAUAUAGUGAGAAUGUGAAAGUUUUCUCAUGUAAUUUGGAGCAAUGGAAUAGAUAAAUGUUUUUUGUUA